GGGGCGGGCGCUGCCGCUGCCGGCGCCGGUGCCGGUGGCGGCGGUGUCGUGGGACACACACACACACACACACACACACACACACACACACACGCCGCGGGGGGGGGGGGGCGGCGUGGCCGGUGCCGUGCGCGCGUGCAGGGGGCGGGGGCGGCGCUCGGGGCCCGGCGGCCGCUCCCUGCCCGGACCGGGGCGGGGGGAGCGGGCGGGACGGGCGGGACGGAGCCCGGCUCGGCGGGCCCGGAGCGGCCGCCAUCGGAUUAUGAGGGAACCAUGAGCCCGCUGCGGGGCUGGCUGCUGGCCGCGCUGCUCUCGCUCGCCCCGCGGGCAGGUCCUGCCGCUCAGGCCAGCUCGCUGCAGCGGCGGCCCCCCCGGGCCGGAUGGCAGGACGGGCGGGUGGUUUCCCAGAUCACCCACCCCAGCAGGCUGGUGGGGCAGAGCGCGGGAGGAGAAGUCCAGAAGCACCAGCUGGACACCAGGGUCAGGAAUGAGCCUGGAGGAGGAGGAGGAAGAGGAGGAGGAGGCCCCGGGCUGCACCUGGCCCGGGUGAGCUUCGUGGUGCGCGCCUUCGGCUCGGCCUUCACCCUCGACCUCCGGCUGAACCACCACCUCCUCGCCUCCCACUACGUGGAGCGGCACCUGGGCGCGGGCAGCAACGGCAGCCACAGCACGGGCGCCGGGGAGCACUGCUACUACCAGGGCCGGAUCCGGGGGCAGCCCCGCUCCUUCGCCGCUCUCUCCAGCUGCCAGGGCCUGCGAGGGGUCUUCUCGGACGGCCGAGCCACCUACCUGAUCGAGCCCCAGGCGGGCGCUGAGCACGGGCAGGGCCUUCAUCCACACGUCGUCCAGCGUGUCCCCAGCUGCGCCCGACCGGGCUGCCUCUUCCCUGCGCUGAACCAGCGUGUCGCGGGCGGGUUACCAAAGCUGCGGCGGCGGCGGCAGGUCCGCCGAGCCCAGCACACGGUGCACAGCGAGACCAAGUACAUCGAGCUGGCGGUGGUGAACGACCACCAGCUGUUCCUGCAGUUCCGCAAGUCCGUGGUUCUCACCAGCAACUUCGCCAAGUCCGUGGUCAACCUGGCCGACAUGAUCUACAAGGAGCAGCUCAACACCCGCAUCGUGCUGGUGGCCAUGGAGACGUGGGCCUCGGAGGACCGGAUCCGGAUGGGGGAAGACUCCCUGGAGACCCUGAAUGAGUUUGUGAAGUACCGGCGCGAGGGGCCGGCGGAGCAGAGCGACACCGUCCACCUCUUCUCGGGUCGGACGUUUCAGAGCAGCCGCAGCGGCACCGCCUUCGUGGGGGGCAUCUGCUCGCCCACCCGCGCCGGCGGCGUCAACGAGUACGGCAACGUGGCGGCCAUGGCGGUGACGCUGGCGCAGACCCUGGGGCAGAACGUGGGCAUGAUGUGGAACAAGCACCGUGCGGCGGCAGGGGACUGCCGGUGUCCGGACUCCUGGCUGGGCUGUAUCAUGGAGGACACGGGGUACUACCUCCCGCGGAAGUUCUCCCGCUGCAGCAUCGACGAGUACAACCAGUUCCUGCAGGACGGCGGCGGCAGCUGCCUCUUCAACAAACCCCUGAAGCUCCUGGACCCUCCGGAGUGCGGCAACGGCUUCGUGGAGGCGGGAGAGGAGUGCGACUGCGGCUCGCUGGCGGAGUGCGCGAAGAGCGGGGGCAACUGCUGCAAGAAGUGCACGCUGACCCACGACGCCAUGUGCAGCGACGGGCUCUGCUGCAAAGGCUGCAAGUACGAGCCGCGCGGCGUGUCCUGCCGGGAGGCCGUGAACGAGUGCGACAUCCCCGAGACCUGCACCGGGGACUCCAGCCAGUGUCCCCCCAACCUCCACAAGCUGGACGGCUACUUCUGCGAAAACGAGCAGGGACGAUGCUACGGCGGGCGCUGCAAAACCAGAGACCGGCAGUGCAACGCGCUGUGGGGCCGCGGCUCAGCCGAGCGCUUCUGCUAUGAGAAGCUCAACGUGGAGGGGACCGAGAGGGGCAACUGCGGGCGCGAGGGCCUGGGCUGGCUGCAGUGCAACAAGCAGGACGUCCUCUGCGGCUUCCUCCUCUGCGCCAACAUCUCAGGCGCGCCCCGGCUGGGCGAGCUCAGCGGCGAGAUCGCCGCCACCACCUUCUUCCACCAAAACCGCUACGUGGACUGCAGGGGAGGCCACGUGCAGCUGGUGGACGGCUCGGACCUGAGCUACGUGGAGGACGGGACGCCCUGCGGGCCCGGCAUGCUGUGUCUCGACCGCAAAUGCCUUCCAGCCACCGCCUUUAACUUCAGCUCCUGCCCCGGCAGCUGGGACGGGAAGAUCUGCUUCGACCACGGGGUUUGCAGCAACGAGGGCAAGUGCAUCUGCCGGGCCGAGUGGACGGGGAAGGACUGCAGCGUCUACGACCCCAUCCCCGAGCCGAAGCCGACGGGGGAGACGGAGCGAUACAAGGGUCCCAGUGGCACCAAUAUCAUUAUCGGCUCCAUCGCGGGGGCCGUGCUGGUGGCCGCCAUCGUCCUAGGGGGGACAGGCUGGGGAUUUAAGAACAUCCGUCGAGGAAGGUACGACCCGGCGCAGCAGGGAGUGUAACCGUCCCCCCCCAUCAUCUCCUCCUCGUCACCGUCACUGUCACCGUCACCGUCCGGCAGCCUGACGGCGUGGGAGCCCCCCCCGGGCCGGGCCCGUCUGUCCGUGUCGCUGUGUGUCCGGCCGUGCUGUCUCCAUCUCUGUGCCCCCCACAGCUGAAAAGAGACGGUGGUUAAGGGAGGGGGGGGGGCCGGGCAGCAGCCCCCCCCAUGCUGGCUCUUUUCAGCUCGGUGUCCCCCCCCCCCAUGUGUCCCCCCCUCCCAUGUCACAGCCCCACACUAAAUGCACCCCACU